GAGACCGAAAAGAUGAAUCCACUUAUGUGCAGUAUUCUUCCCGUCUUGAUGAUCAUCUUUUCUACAACAUCGGCAAGCCCCUGUUCAAGGGGACUGGUGUGCGGCUUCAGGGAAGAACCAACUUGUCCAAACCCCCAAAGGCCAUGCAACUGUAAAUGUGGUCCUCCAGGUCAAGGUUCUUCAUCGGGCUAUCCGACUUAUGUCCCUCCUGCACCUCGACCUUCACCAUGCAAUGGAAUAACUGUUGGAGUUGCAUCUGAAACCUUUAUUGAAGACGAGCUUGGCAUGACUCGUUGUCCAACGCACAGUUGUGGCUGCGACCAGAAAGUUACUUGUUUACAUAGAGGAGGCUCGUGCAUAUGCAAGUGCGCGACAAAAUACGAACACUGCUCGCGUCCAUGGAAAUCUACUUGCGAAGUCGUCUAUUGCCGUGGCGAACAUACAAGAAGGUGCUUGUGUACCUGUGUUAGAGGGCCGCCUGUCCAUUCUCCGAGCCGUCCCUGCUGUAACCAAGUACCCAGACCAUCCUCAAACUCACCUUGCUGCCCCAAUGGAGGCAUAUUCAACACCCGUCCAGUUCAACCACGGCCCUGUUGUCAGCCAAUCGGAGGGGGCCGCUGAUUUAUCUAAGAAAGUGCAACAAGCGAUUUCAAUAAAUAUAACCCCCAGGAAA